UAGGAGGACGGUGCAGUAAAGACCACUUCGUUUUGCUAUAAAUACACUUGCACUUGCACUUGCACCACAGACAUAUAGAAACGAGUUUCUCCUUUGAUUUCUUCUCAUUUACUAGCUUCGUAGCAGUUGUUAGUGUUGGUUGAAGAAGCUUUAGUUAGAAUGGGAGCGUCCGGUGUCGGCUAUUGCACUGUCGUAGCAGUCGUGGCAUUCGUUUUGCUAGCCAGCUGCAUUGCUGCUGAAGUGAAUGGUGGUGUUGGGGAUGAGAAGUGCUUGUUUUACGGGCGUAGGCAUGGGUUGGGAGGAGGUCUGGGUCAUGGAAUUUAUCGGAGGGGGUUUAGACAUGGGAGUUGUGGUAAUGGUGGUCACUUGGGAGGAGGUUUUGGUGGUGGCGCCGGCGGUGGGUUAGGUGGAGGUGGGGGACUGGGAGGUGGUGGUGGAUUUGGUGGAGGUGCUGGUGGUGGACUUGGCGGUGGUGCGGGUGGUGGUUUGGGUGGAGGUGCUGGUGGUGGACUUGGCGGUGGUCCUGGUGGCGGUUUGGGUGGAGGUGCUGGUGGUGGAGUUGGAGGUGGUGGUGGUGGUGGUAGCGGUUUGGGUGGAGGAGCUGGUGGUGGAAUUGGUAGUGGUGCUGGUGGUGGACUUGGCGGUGGUGCUGGUGGUGGUUUGGGUGGAGGUGCUGGUGGUGGAGUUGGCGGUGGUGCUGGUGGUGGUGGUGGAAUUGGUGGUGGUGCUGGUGGUGGUUUGGGUGGAGGUGCUGGUGGUGGAGUUGGCGGCGGCGGAAGUGGUGGUUUAGGUGGAGGUGCCGGUGUUGGUGCUGGUGGUGGUGCUGGUGGUGGACUUGGCGGUGGUGGUGGUGCUGGUGGUGGUUUAGGUGGAGGUGCCGGUGGUGGAGCUGGUGGUGGUGCUGGUGGUGGACUUGGCGGUGGUGGUGGUGCUGGUGGUGGACUUGGAGGUGGUGGUGGUGCUGGAGUAGGAGCCGGUGGUGGAUUUGGUGGUGGUGCUGGAGCAGGUGGAGGAGUCGGUGGUGGGGCAGGUGGCGGUGGUGGGUUUGGUGGGGGUGGCGGUGGAGGCGGAGGCUUAGGCGGCGGUAUAGGUGCUGGUGGUGGUUUUGGUGGUGGCGCUGGUGUUGGUGGGGGACUUGGUAGUGGCGGCGGCGGCGGUGGUGGUGGCGGCGGUGGAUUUGGUGGUGGUGGCGGUGUAGGUGGUGGGUUCGGAGCAGGUGGAGGUUUUGGUGGUGGUGGCGGUCACUAAUGUUGCAUGCUGAAGUAGCCAACGAAACUUAAUAGUUUUGGUGAAAAUGAGUCAUCUUUUCUGGUGUUAAUCUUGUCUUAAAUGUUUUCAUUUUCUUAUUUACUAGUGAAAGGAAUUGCAUUGUCUAUUUAAAUUCCUGCAAUCUUCGAUUAAAGGUAUGUUAGCCCACUUGCUGAUCACCUCAUCUGGAGGGUUGGAUCUGUCAAGGGUCCACAUAGGCAGGCAUUCGUUAGUCUGGUAGACGCUAACUCCAAUUGAACUGUCCAGUUGGAUUCUUUUGAUUUCGACCAUCA